AUGAUAGAAAGUGAAGAUAAAAAUAAAUGUGUACUUCAUCCAAAUAAAAAUUUAAAAUUUUAUGUUUGGAUUGUAAAUUUAUGCCAUGUUGUAAACUUUGUACGUCUCAUAAAGGUGAACAUUAUGGUCAUAAAACUGAUUCAUUUGAAUCAUCCAACAUCAAAUAUUCAUUCAUUAAUUAAUGAAUUUAAAGAUAAUAUCUAUCCAAAAUUAAUUGAAAGAAAAGAAAAUGAUCAAAUAUUAUUAAAAGAAUCAAAUGAAACUUUCAAAGAAAUUCAAUCACAAAAUGAUAAUAAUAAUAAUAAUUUAAAGUUAAAUAACUCAAUCAAUAAAAAUAAAUUCAUUAAAAUGUCUGAUCACGAUUUUUAUAUAUAUUCAGAGAAUGAUGAAUCAUCUAUAUUGUCCGGAGAUUUUGAAAGUUUAGCAUUCAAAGACAAUUGUAACAUCUUAUCAAAGCUAACUAAAUUACUAAACAAAGUUUUGCUUCUAAAUGGAUUCAAUCAAAAAUUAAACAAAGGUAUAAUACCAGUGGGUUUUAAAGAGUUGUAUAUAUCUAAUAUAAAACAAGUAUUAAUAAUCGAUUCAAUUCCUAAUACUGUAACAACUGUUGGCUUAUGUGAUGGAUUCAAUCAAAAAUUAACCGUAUAA